AUCAUUUCAAUACUCGUCUCCUCUCCUCUCCUCUCCUCUCCUCUCAAACCUUAUCCAUCCAUCGUCUCUGCAACUUCAGAUCGAAUCCAAUUAAACAAACUUACCAGGCAGCUCAGUUGCAGUAGAGUGGAGUUGAUUGGAUGCCACCAUGUUUAUGCUCCUUCAAUCCUCCACCCUCACCAUCUAUCUCAAGCUUCAUCUCCUCCCCCGCUCAUACUGCAACACUAAACCUCAACCUCCCCCUCCGCGACCUCAGCAAAAUCCAUGGCCACCUCAUCAAAACAGGCCUCAUCCACCACCACCCCAUCGCCGCUAGCCGCCUCAUCCGAGCCUACUCCCGCACCCCCCUCCCUCACCUCGCAAUCCACCUCUUCGUCCAACUGCUUCUCGCCGGCGCCGCCUCCGCCCGCCCCGACCGCCUCCCCUACCCCUCCCUCUUCUCCGCCUAUUCUCACUCCGCCCCGCCCCACGGCGGAGCUCAGCUCCACGCCACAGUCCUUAAGCUCGGCUUCAGCUCCGACCCUUUUACUCGAAACUCCGUCAUCCACAUGUACGCCAACUCUGGCCUUUUCGACAGCGCCUGGAAGAUCUUCUAUCAGGAUUCGAACAAUGUCGUCGCCUGUAAUUCAAUGAUCUUCAGCCUCGCCAAGCGCGGCCGAAUCGACGAAUCGUGGAAAUUGUUCUGCAACAUGCCUUGUCGGAACGAGGUGUCGUGGAACACCAUGAUCACUUCCUUUGUAAGAAACGGCAUGUGGAUCGAGGCGUUGGAUCUUUUCCGACGAAUGCAAAACGAAGACAUCACCGUGUCCGAACACACGCUUGUAAGCGCGCUCCACGCCUGCGCGAAACUCGGCGCAUUCGAGCAAGGGAAAUGGAUUCAUCGCUACAUCGAGAGGAACAGCGUUGAGUCGAAUGUUAUUCUUGCAACGGCGAUCAUCGACAUGUACUCCAAGUGCGGCGACAUCGACGGUGCGCGACGAGCUUUUGCAUCCGUCCCGCGUAAGGACAAGGGACUUUCUUGUUGGAACUCGAUGGUUUUAGGAUUCGCAACCAACGGUUGCGAAUCCGAAGCUUUCGACCUGUUUUCAGACCUCGAGUCCUGUUUUCAACCGGACAGCGUAAGCUUCGUCGCUGUCCUAACAGCUUCAAACCACGCAGGCCGUGUCGAUAAAGCGAAGGCGUAUUUUUGUUUAAUGACAGAAACGUAUAAAAUCGAGCCAACGAUUCAACAUUACGGGUGUAUGGUCGACGCGUUAGGCAGGGCGGGUUUGAUUCGAGAAGCAGAGGAGUUUGUUCGAGCAAUGCCGGUGAUCCCCGACGAGGCAGUUUGGGGAUCGUUAUUAUCCGCAGCCUGCAAGAGCCAUGAAAACAUCGAUGUCGCCGAAUGGGCUGCGCAGAAUUUGAUUCGAUUGAAUCCCGACGAAACGAGCGCUCAUGUCCUGAUUUCGAGAGCGCACACGUUGUCGGGAGAUUUCGAAACGGCGUUGCGGAAAAGGAUGACGAUGGAGCGCGCAAAGAAACAGCCCGGAUGUAGCCUGAUCGAAGUGAACGGCGAAGUCCACGAGUUUGUAUCCGGGGGAAUCGUAUCGCCGGAAAAUAAGGGCAAAAUCGAUACAAUAUAUUUUUAGUUACAAUUAAAAUUCGUCGACUCAAAAACGCUAUACGACACGACUAAACGCAUCCGCCGGGCCUCUUUAUCCCAUAAGAAACUCCGAGAACAUUCGAGCAUUGAGCCGCGGCCUUGCCUCGCCCGCGGUAGGAUAAGUCGAUAUCGAUCAGCUUCACAUUCUUACACGGCCGCGAUUUACUACACUUCAAAUUCACGGCUACUUCGCUGCUCGACGUCCCUCGAAUGUUCUGGAACGUUACAUUUUCGAGCUGGACGAGCGAAUUUCCCUGUAGUAAAACUUUAAGUUUUUACGUGAAACAGUCAUUUAAUGUCAUUUAAUACCGAGAAAGAGGCAAGAAGUCGUACUUGCGGGCAAGAUUUACUCGGACAAUACUGCUGGUCGAUCAUAAUCGGGUUUCGGACAUUUUGCAUGACGAUGUUGUCGUAAAAGAUGUUCGAAGCUUGCGACGGGGAAGACGGCGCCCAAGUCUUGAUCCGAAGGCCGUUGUCGGUACCGAUUAGAGUCGAAUUUGUGAUACGAAUUUUGUCGACGUAAUCAUGGUCGUGGCCGCGGCCGAGGCUCCCGAUGCUAAUGCCGUGGCCAGGCCCACAGGUGACGCCGGAAAUGUCGACGUCGCGGCUGCCGGAAAUUAAGGCGAUGCAGUCAUCGCCGGUGCCAAUGUAGGCGCCGGAGAUGACAAUGUGGCUCGACACGCCGACGGUUAUCCCGUCGGUGUUGGGGCUCUCGCUCGGAGCUGUUAUAGACACUUUGGUGAUGACGACGUUGGAGCAUCCGAAGAGAUGCAUGUGUGUGCUCUUGCUGUCCGCCGAUCGGAGAUGGUGAACUCUCGAAUUCGUCACAUAAUCGAGCCUCAACGACUGUAUAUAUAACACAAAAGUAGAUCGAAUAAAUCGAUUUAAGGCGGUCGCGCAAAAAUAAAUCAUAGGCCCGGUAAUAAAUAAAUAACUUUUUUUUU